AUGUCGUUCCUGCUCAGCAGAAGCGGUCGCAAAGGGCCCAUCGUUUGUUUCGUCGGGCUUCUCCUCAUCUUCGCCCUCUAUCAAUUAGGCAUAAUCUGCGGCUCGAUGAAGAAUGUCCCCACGGCUAUGAUGGUCGCCAAAGAGAAAUACGUGGUGGGCCCGUUCGAUCACAAGAGGUACACGUACGACCGUUAUAUGCCGUUGAUUUUCAUCGAUGGAGUUCCACGUUCCGGCACAACUCUGAUGCGAGCCAUGCUCGAUGCACAUCCCGAUGUCAGAUGCGGACAAGAGACCAGAGUGAUACCCAGACUAUUGUUGAUGAGGAUGCACUGGUUAAAAACUGAGAGGGAGAAUUUGCGCCUUUCGGAAGCUGGAAUUUCGAAGGAAGUAAUGGACAGCGCUAUAGCAGCGUUCUGCUUGGAGAUAAUAGCACGACACGCGGAGCCUGCGCCUAGGUUGUGCAACAAGGAUCCCCUCACUCUGAAGAUGGGCUCCUACGUUCUCGAUCUCUUUCCAAAUGCCAAGUUUAUCUUCAUGAUCCGCGACGGCCGUGCCACCGUGCAUUCCAUUAUCUCGAGAAAGGUGACUAUAACGGGCUUCGAUCUGUCGUCGUAUCGACAGUCGUUGAUCAAGUGGAACCAUGUGAUCUCAAUAAUGUACGGGCAGUGCAAGGAAAUCGGUUCGGAAAAGUGUAUGAUGGUGCCGUACGAGCAACUGGUGCUGCAUCCGCGCCAGUGGAUGAAGAAAAUUCUAAACUUCUUGGACGUUCCUUGGAACGAAUCUGUGAUGCAUCACGAGGAAUUCAUUAACAAACCGGGUGGCGUGCCACUGAGCAAGGUCGAGAGGUCGUCGGACCAGAUCAUAAAGCCAGUCAAUCUGGAGGCACUCACCAAGUGGGUUGGCCACAUUCCGGAUGACGUGGUCAGAGAGAUGCCUGACAUCGCGCCGAUGCUUUCUGUACUCGGCUAUGAUCCUUAUGCUAAUCCGCCGGUGUACGGAGCGCCGGAUAGGUCGGUUAGCGAAAAUACCAGACGGGUGCUAGCAAAUGGUGAAGUAUGGGCGGCCAAGGCCCGCCAAUUCUCCCUGGGGAAGGUGACCGACUUGACCAAAAAAGACGACGCCACCAAUGCUUCAAACGCGUGACCUCGGAUAGAUUUUUGCCUAGGCACGCGAUUCUUGAACUUGUACAAUUUGUGUAACGUUUAACGGAAGAGCCAAUUUAUAAAAGAUAUUAUCAGAGGACCGCCAAAGAACCGCGACUUUCUCAAUUCGCUUCCUCGAAUCGAAAAUCGCGUUCGUUGUUUUAUUGAGAUAUCGGACCGUAACGUAGUGAACAGGGGAUGCGAGGAUCUGUAUAGUUCAGUGUUGAAUUUGGAUUACGCGUACCGCGUUCGAUUACGAUCCACGGACGUGGCUGUUCUCUUUGUAUAUUUUAACCGGUAGACGAUCAACUUGAACUCGAACGGUAUGCGUAACUGCCCGAUCAUUUUGCAUGAUUCAAUUACUAUCCUUGUCGAUAGGACACGAUCGAAUCUUUGCUGAUCAGGCAAUGCGCGAGUGCUAGACCGAAAUGCCAUGCAAGAGCUUCUAAUCGCUUUCUACUUUAUUCCUUCCUUGUUGCGACCGAUGAGAAUGUUCCAAUUCUCAAAUUUUUAGGUACAAAACAGAUAAGUUUGCUCUAUCGCCAAUGACAGAAAUCCCGACUAUGGAACUGUUGUGUUAAGAGUGUGCUGAAUGUUGUUGGAAAGGAAAUAAAGAAUCUUUGUAUUAUAUUUUAUAUUAUGAUAGGCACAAUUUCUAUUAUAUUGUACGUGGAAAGAUGGAGUACUUAUUUUUCAACGAAACUUGAGUUUUGAUCGGUCACAAGGCAAACGAAACCUUGAAUUCCUCUUUCGCUGUUUCCCUAUCUUUCUUUUUUUUAUAUUUACAGGGUUUCGAAGGUGUAAAUCAUGGAACUGACAUUUUUCCAUUGUAUUAUAUUACGAGCGAGCGUGAUCAUGACAAAAUUACGAGAGAGUUAUAUUUGUAAUGCUGUUGAAACGCGUUGAUAUGCGCCGGAUUUACGACUGCGAAGUUUACCCAACAAAUCAUUCCCCACAAUUUAUUAACGUGAACUAUCCACCAUCGGCAACAACGUGCAGCGAUUGUUGCUGCAAAGUCUAACUAAAAUUGCGAGAGGACCUAACAUUGUCCCUGCCUGUUAUGUUAAUUUUUCUCGCCCGGCACCUGAUACAAAAUGCAACCACUUCGAUGUGACAUUACAUCAUUCGUGUCAACCAUGUUACUCUCUAUCGAAUUAUACAAUUAAAUUAU